AAGAACUCCAUGCAACUAGGAUAAUGCAAUUCGACCGUACCAUAUAUACAUUAAUAGAAAAACGUUCUCAUAUAUAUAGCUAGGUCUUUCAAAAGCAAAUAUUCUUCCUUAGAAACAUUUCUUCACAUUUUUCUUAAUACACCCUCAAAUUAAAGGCCAUAUAUAUGAGGUUUUGCCAAGAUGCCUCAUAGCAUAGAGAACUCUUUCUCCCUAACAAGUGAUCAUUCUCUUGUACCCAAAAGAAAUACAUCAUUUCCACUACAACUUCCUGGAAAAUGGUUGAUAAACCAAACCAUAAAAAAGCCCUUAAAAAACCAUAGAGAGUCUAAUAAUAAUAAUACUCGCUCACCAAAUUCAACCAAGCCAUGUGUGGGAUGGAUCUCAACACUUCUCCAUGAGUGUGGCAAAGCAAUCUUUCAGAAAAACCCUACUAAGAGCCAACAACUUCUUUGGGUGUUAAACGAGCUCGCUUCUCCUUAUGGAGAUUGUGAUCAAAGACUUGCAUAUUACUUCUUACAAGCCUUUUUUGUCAAAGCCAACAACUCAGGACUUCAAUAUUAUGAUACCUUAAAAUUUGUUGAGGAGAAAAAUUAUUGUUUCGAUACGUAUGUGAAGCUUAUGUUGAAAUUUCAAGAGGUUAGUCCAUGGACAACCUUUGGUCAUGUAGCUUCAAAUGGUGCAAUAUUAGAAGCCUUAGAAGGUGAGAGUAAUUUGCAUAUAAUUGACUUAAGUAACACCCUUUGCACCCAAUGGCCUAUGUUGCUUGAGGCUUUAGCUACAAGGAAUGAUGAAACUCCACAUCUAAGGCUCACAUCAGUUGUAUCUACAAGCUUAGAAACAAUAAUCACCAAGGAGAUAAGCAAAAAAAUGGAGAAAUUUGCUAGGUUAAUGGGUGUUCCAUUCAAAUUUCAUGUGAUUGGUGGAUUGGAUUGCCUAAAAGAGAUGAAAAAGGAGGAUCUAGGUCUAAAAGAUGGUGAGGUUGUUGUUGUGAAUUGUAUCCAAGCUUUACAAAGAGUUCAAGUAGAGAAUAGAGGAGCCGUAAUCGACAUGAUUCAAUCUAUUAGGCCAAGUAUUGUGACAAUUGUGGAGGAAGAAGUUGAUCUUACCACCACAAGAAGUGACUUUGGCAAAUGCUUUGAAGAGUGUUUAAGAUUCUAUAGGCUAUACUUUGAUAUGUUAGAGGAAAGUUUUCUUCCAAUUAGUAAUGAAAGGCUUAAGUUAGAAAGAAAUCAAUCAAGAAAAAUAGUUAAGGCCUUAGCUUGUGAAAUUGGUGAAAUUGGAGAAGAAUAUUGGAGACCAGAAAAGGCAAGCCAAUGGAGUAAGAAGCUUAAGCAAGCAUUCAUCCCCUAUCAUUUUAACGACGAAAUAGUUGGUGAUGUUCAAGCAUUGUUAAGAAGAUAUAAGGCUAGUUGGGAUUUAGAUUUGCCACAAAAAGAUUAUGGAGAAGUGGGAAUACACUUAAAAUGGAGAGAUGAACCAGUUGUUUGGGCUUCAGCAUGGAAACCUAACAUCUCUUCAUCACCUCAAAAUCCAUCCUAGGGUUGGCAAUUUGGCAAUUACAUCUAUUUAUUAUGCCUCUUGUGUUUCAAGGUGCUGGAAUGAGUACCUUUGUUAUAUAACUAGUUAAAUUAUUGCCUUUAUUUCUUUGGACUGGUUUACUUUCUUCUUUUCUCCAUUGUAUUAUAUUGAUAUAAUAUAUAUUCAAGCUUAUAUUAUUA